CAAGGUGAUGGCAGUACGGUCACGGUACAGCCUUGCUGGCAGGACCUGAAAUUUAAAUUUGAAAUUCGAUAUAAAUACCUCUCGAUCAUGUUCCAUUCUUGUUUUAUACGGUUGUCCUCCUUGCGGGGCAACAUCAAUAUUAUUGGGAGGGAUGUCGUUGAUUGAUGUCACGGAGUCAAUCCUACGAUAUUUCUGUGCUCUUCAGCGGAAACAGCGCACGCCAACCGAUAUAAUUGGACGGAGACUGCCGCCGUCAAAUUUCUCGCCUGAAUCUUUGUCAAAAGCGUUUGAAAUUCCUGCUUGCAUUCCUGAUCUUACUGAUCACAUAGUCAAGGACGAACAUCCUGAGGCUACAAGUAGUCAUGAGUAUCAUAUUUGCAAGUGCACCUUGGACCGACCGAAUUAUCCUCCAGUCACCGUGGCAGUCAAGAUUAUUAGGGUAUUACAACCUGAGAAUGCCUCGGAUCUCACCAAGAGAUACAACGAAUUACUAGAAGAAAUCAAAGUAUGGGGAAGACUUCAGAAUGAACAUAUUUUGCCUGUGCUCGGACACGUUUACGGGCAUGGUCAUUUGCCUAGCCUUGUGUUUCCUUGGAUGGAGAAUGGGAGCUUGACUAACUUCUUGCGCGAACGCAAGACCUUAGAGCGUGGUGAACGUUUUCGCUUGCUGCAAGAUAUCGCUUCGGCACUGCAAUAUCUGCAUGUUAUCGCAGUGGUCCACGGAGAUCUAACAGGUGUAAGUUCUUACCAAAAUCAACAAGGCAGACGAGCACUGAUUAUCUCUGAUGCGCUGGUGCGUCAGGACAGCAUCUUAGUUGACUCGCAUGGGCGUGCUUUUGUAACAGGCGUCGGGCUUUCCAUGAGGCUUAACGAGACCACGCCCAAACCAAUUGGUGAGGCCGCUCUUCGCUGGACAGCUCCCGAGCUGGUCUUCAAAAAGACUCUUGCCACUUCCAAAAGCGAUGUGUGGUCUUUUGGUUUGCAACAUGAUUCAUGUGCUCUCUGGGCAGUUGCCCUGGUCGUGCCACUGCUACCACAAGUAGUUCGGGAUCAGGCCCAGGAUUCAUCCUUCCUCCGAAAAUGCUUCUCUUUUCCGCCAGAAGACCGCCCUUCCGCGGAUCAGACGCUAACAUUUGUACGCGAAACACUGAGGACGGAAAUACCGCAGACUGCGGAAGCUAUGGCAUAUGAUCAUGACAAAGGCAUUCCUCCUGUUGAUCAGCAUGCUCACGACAAAGGCAUUCCUGAUGUUGUAGCCGAUGUUGGUUUCACGGACAAACUUGUUGAGAUGCUAAAACCAGAGACGAUCACUGAGGAGGAGAUCCAUCAGUGUGGGGGAUGGUCGAGGCAGUCUGCCAUAGAGUUGGCUGUGGUCAACCGGCUCAAAUAUGCUAUUCUAUCACACCGAUGGGGAGAAUCGGAGCCGACAUUCCAAGACCUAAAACGCGAAGGAGCGGGUUACAAGAAGCUGGAGAAGUUUUGCUCAAAAGCAAAGGAAUAUGGCUGUCGUCUCGCAUGGUCUGAUACCUGCUGCAUUAACAAAGAAAGCAGCUCAGAGCUCGACGAAGCCAUUCGGUCGAUACAAACUCAUUGGAGACGCUGGGAAAAUGACGAGUGGUUCUUUCGUGGCUGGACGUUGCAGGAGCUUCUCGCACCCCUUAAAAUGAGGUUUUAUUACGGUCCUACAUGGACGCCCCUUACGCAGAAUUCCAACGACAAAGAUGACGCGAAAGUUGUUCAUGCUCUUCGUCAUGCUACCAAUAUCCCCGCAAACGACCUGCGCAACUUUCAGCCUGGGCCGAAUCGUGCCUGGGAGAAGAUGAGCUGGGCAGCAAGUCGGAAGACAACCCGUAUUGAAGAUGUUGCCUACUCUCUUACCGGCAUCUUCGACAUCACCAUGACGGUCGCAUAUGGAGAAGGAGAUCGAGCGUUCAAAAGAUUCAUGGCAGAGCUUAUUGAGAGGUGCAAGGAAUGGCAAAUUCUUGUCAGCACUCAAGAUGCUCAAGAAACACGAGAUCUCGUGGUGGGAGAGGGUUGCGGUGAUGAUGACUUCUCGGUCACAAAGCGUGGCGUGCAGGUCAAGCUAUUCAUGGUCCCUGCCUCCAUUGACCAGAGUCACUGGCAGUCAACAUCCCUUUCCCAUCCCCCUGGUCGCCUCAGGACAUGGCCGCUCGAAAAGCUGGUCGUGCAAUCCCCUUUCUUUCCACCUGCAUCUACGACAGAGUGGGCGAUCGGGAUCGUUAACUACCAAGACCAUGAUGACGACGCUAACAAAGGAAAGUUGAAAGCGGGACAAAUUUAUGUAUGUUUCCUCUUGAGGCGGGUUUUGUCUUCCUGGCCUGGAUACCGUGCGCAAACCACUGGAAGAGGGAGGUUACAGAGAAUAUCUUGA